AUGUUUGCCUGCCCGAAUAAUCUCAUUGCGAAAUUUACCGCUGGACAGCUAUGCAAGGCUCUUGGAGUACGGCUUGUCACAAAUCCUCAAGUUGUUCAACUAGCUAGAAAUGCUCGUUUUGAUAGUCUCUUCAUCGACUUGGAACAUUCCACGCUCUCACUCAGCGAUGCGAGCAAUUUAUGCAUCACAGGCCUGAACACGGGCAUUACACCAUUCGUCCGAGUACCACAUCAAUGUGGGAAUGGCUUUGUCCAGAAAGUUCUCGACGGAGGCGCCAUGGGUGUGAUCUUUCCCCAUGUAACAAAUGCUAAGGAAGCAAAGGACGCGGUAUCAAUCUCUAAAUACCCGCCUAAAGGGUGCCGAUCUAUGACGGGGCAGUUACCUCUCCUAUCUCUCAAAACGUUCCCCCAAACCGAAGUGAUCCGCGAUACCAAUGCUUCAGGUUCAACCGUAUUUGUUAUGAUCGAAAACGCAACUGCAGUUGACAACGUGGACGAGAUUGCUGCUGUCGAAGGUGUCGACGUGGUUCUUGUCGGAUCCAAUGAUUUAGCCAUAGAGUUAGGUAUUCCUGGAGAGUUUCGCCACGAUACAUUUCGUCAUGUUCUCACUCUCAUAAGUGAAGCGUGCAAGAAACAUGGGAAAGUCAUGGGCCUCGCAGGUAUCUACGAUCAACCAGACAUCCAUGACUGGGCCAUUCAGACGCUAGGUGUACGAUUUUUGUUAUGCCAGCAGGAUUCGGGUUUGAUCGCAGGUGGUGCUGCGAAAUGCUUGGCCGGUGUCGAGGCUGUUGAGAAUACUUCCUCAUCAGCGCCUGAAAACAAGACAAAUGGAUUCAAUGGAGGAAUCGGAAGGAAAUAG